UGGUCUCUCCACUCAGUGAGGCUACUGGCGUUCCUUUGAUCGAUCAGCCAUGGAGCUGCUGUCCAAUGCCCCGGUGCACCGCUCCGUGCCGGACAGGUACGUCUUCCCACCCGACAAGCGCCCCGCCCUGCUCUCCGACGACCACAGCCCAGACGUUGCCUUCCCGGUCAUCGAUCUACACGGCGGCCGCCUCCCCGUUUCCGACGAUCACCGUCACCAGGUUGCCGCCGAGAUCAUCCGGGCCGGCAAGGAGUAUGGCUUCUUCCAGGUGGUGAACCACGGCGUGGGGGAGGGUGUGGUGCGGGGGUUCCGGGAGGCGGCGGCGGAGUUCUUCGCGAUGCCGGCGGAGGACAAGCUCCCCUACUGCUCCUACGACAUGAGCAAGCGCUUCCGGCUCGCCACCAGCACCUCCUACGACCGCGGCGAGACCCUCUACUGGCGCGACUACAUCAAGUUCCGCUGCUACCCGGCCUCCAACGAGAACGCGCGCCACUGGCCGUCCAAGCCGGCGAACUUCACGCCAAGCCUCAUCGAGUACUCGGCGGCAGUGCACGAGCUGGCCCAGACCAUCCUCUGUCUGAUCGCUGAGGGGCUGGGCCUCGACGGCGGCUUCUUCGCCGGCGACCUCAGCGGCGGCGACACGCACAUGAGCGUCAACUACUACCCGCCGUGCCCUGACCCAACCGUCACGAUGGGCCUGCUCGCGCACUGCGACCGUCACCUCCUCACCGUGCUUUCCCAGGCUGAUGUCGCUGGGCUCCAGGCAAGGCACGGUGACAGGUGGCUCCUCGUCCACCCCAUCCCCGGCGCAUUCGUCGUCAACUUCGGCCACCAGAUGGAGAUCGUCACCAAUGGGGUGCUGGCCAGCGCGGAGCACCGCGCCGUCACCAACUCCGCUGUGGCGAGGAUGUCGGUGGCCACGCACGUGCACCCCACAGACGGGUGCCGCAUCAGACCGGCGUCAGAGAUGGUGCACGAGGCGAUGAAUCCAGCCAAGUACAGGGAAUUUGCUUUCAGCGAAUUCAUGGAGGCAUAUGACGCGGCCGACGCCAGCAGGGAGGAAGUGCUCCAGUCCUUCAAGAUCUGCCAUGACUAGCUCGACGGCGAGCCACGAACUCCAUGAUUUCUGCUGCUGCAUGCAGAGGGCACAAAUAAACCGAGAAGGGGAAUAAAAACUUGGUUGUUGUGUGUGUGGGUUCGGUUUAUUUGCGUUUGGAUCAGUUUAUGGAUAUUAGAAUCUCCUGAGUUUCUUUCUGUUGUCUGUUGUUUGGGUCAUCGGUUUAUGGAUCCUAGAACCUCCUGAGUUUGGAACUUUGUACCCCUAAAUGUACUGUCUCCUUAAUAAAUUCAAAAGAGACCACAUCCUGUAAAACAAUGAAUGUUGAUAGUAAUUUAAA